GCCCCGCCUCUCCCCUUCCGACGUGACGGCUUCCUUUGCUCCCGUCAGAGGCUGGAGCCCUCAUUUUCCUCUGUCGUAGCGCUCUCUAGCCUUAUAUCUGCAGGAAGGGAAAACGCGUAACUCGUCGUAGGCUGUGCGCGGGACGAACACGGCUGAAGCCUCCGCCGUGCCUGCAGUCGAGGCCUGCGCCUGGAGUGUCUGGCGCCUCCCUUCCGUGCCCGGGAGUGAGGCUGCUGCCUUCGCCGUGCUUCCCGACGGCGCUCUCCAUGGGCUCCGCUCGGCUUCCAAGGAUCGCAGUCAGCCUCUUCUUUCCUACUACUUUCAGAAAUGGACCAAAAGCUGGCACAGCUGGUGGAGGAUCUUACAACUUCAGGAGAACUACAGCUGAAUCCCAUUAAGAUUAAAGAGCUAAAGAAGAUUUGCAAGUCUUCAGAUGAGCACAUUAGUCAUGUUUAUCGCCUGCUGAUUGCACAGCUAAAUCAAGAGCAUGCUGAGAUACGUCUCUCAGCAUUUCAAGUUGUGGAUGAACUCUUCACCCGGUCCCAUCAGUUUAGGACUUUAAUCAUUUCAAACUUCCAAGAAUUAUUGGAGCUCACAGUGGAAACAGACUAUGAUCGGCCUCUUCCCCCGCCAACUGAAGUAGCACAAAAACUAAAAAAAGCUGCUAUUAAAUCUGUACAAGAGUGGCAUGAGAAAUAUGGAGAGGCCUACAAGAAACUUUCACUAGGAUUCCAUUUCUUAAAACAGAAUAAGAAGGUGGAUUUUCAAGAUAUAAGUGCCAGAACUCUAGCAGAAAGGAAGAGGGAUGAAGAAAAACAAAAACGAUUGGAUAAUAUUUACAAAGAUAAAGCUAAAACAGCUGAGAGGGAAAUGGCAGAUAUGUCGCAAGAAAUACAAGCUGCGCUGACUGCGAUGGAGAAUUGUUUUCGGCUUCUGAUGCCAGAUCCUUUCAACUUCAUGGCAAAUGACACUGAAGCAGUCAAUUGGAAUGCAGCUGAUGUGGACAUAGCUGUUUCCUGCUCAUCUGUGGAGGGGGCAGAUCAACAGCCACAAUUUCUUGAUGAUAACGAGCAACCUUGUUGCAGCAAGGACCUUCCUUCCAUCUCUCUGGUUCCAAAAGCCGGUAGCAGAGACUUGAAUAGGGAAACGGAGGAGAGUAUAGGCAUAGAAGAUUGUUUAGAGUCUGAAUUAACCCAUGUUGGUGCCAGUGGAGAUGAUGAUUAUGCAUCCUUUGUUCGGAGUCAUGGUCUUGGCUCUCAUAAAUACAGUCUCAGUCUUGAAGUAUUCCCAGAUGUGAAACUUCAGGAGAAUGAAGACAAUACAGCUAUAAUAAAUAAUGUUACAGAUGCCUAUAAGCUUAUCAGAAAUAAAUUCAUGCCCUCUGUACAAUCUUGGAUUCAGUUGUUCACAAGGGCCGGAAUAAAUGAUGAUCGUCUAAGACAAGCUAUUGAUCUUAAAAAUAAAUUGGAGACUGCUACAGAGAAAUGUAAGGAAAUGAACAUUGACUUUAAAGACAGGAAAAGGAAAAUGAUGAAAGAUGAUGAUGAUGAUGAUGAUGAUGAUGAUGAUGAUGAGUUUGUAGAAGUGCCUGAGAAGGAAGGCUAUGAGCCCCACAUUCCAGACCACCUUCGUAAGGAAUAUGGAUUGGAACCUGUAUCAUCUUCAAAAACCUUAGCAAUAGGGAAAGCAUCUGCAGUGACCUCCCAGACCCAAACUAAAAGACAUGAAGAAGAACUUGAUCCAACUUGUGCAGCUGCAACAUGGAAAAUUAUCCAAGAGAAACGGCCUAGAUUACAAUUUCCUGAUGCGAGAAAUUCUCAACCAGCAACUUCGGGGGAACAGAACAAUAAACGUGAAGAAGAGAAAGCCAAGGCUCCUUUCGUACCUUUUGGGUUAGAUCUUUUCUACUGGGGCCAAGAUCAACCAACUUCUGGGAAAAUUCUUAAAUUUUCUUCUCAACAUCGCUUCUGGGCACCCAGUGAAAUGGAAGAAGAAGUGGAGAACCAAGUAGUGGCAGAUAGUUUGAAGAGCAGAUGCAUAACAUUUGCUGGCACGUUUGAACCAGUGAAACACAAAUGUCGGGCUCCAAUGCCUAAUGGAGGACUUUGUGAAAGGCAGGAUAGAUUUAAGUGCCCUUUUCAUGGAAAAAUAAUCCCAAGAGAUGAAUCUGGGAUUCCUGUUGAUCAAGAGGACAGAGAGAGAGAAGCCAAGCAGGAGUUUGAGAAAAAGGAAAAGCAACCAGAGUGGCAAGAUCCACAGUUCAUGAGAGAAGUUGAAGCAGCCACUGGGAUUGAACUUGGAUCCUCUCAGUAUAGUGGAAAAGGAGGGAAGAAAAGGGGGAAGAAAAAGAAGUAUGCAAACCUAACAGAUCUGAAGCAGCAGGCAAACACUUGUCGUUCCCGCCUGGAAAAGAAAGUUUUCAAUAAAACAGCAGUGAAGCGGGUGGUGAAAGAAAUGAAUCGAAUGGACCAAAGGAAACAUGAAAAGUUUGCAAACCAGUUUAACUACGCAUUGCAUUGAACUGUCAUAAAUGGCAAGACAGAGAACAUUUAGCAAUGCUGCAACUCUUAAAGCUCUGCAGAUAAAGCAUUUUAUUGGAGUAGUUUAGUUAGUGUAAACUUGUAUAAUUAAUAUAUUUGAUAAUGAACAUGUACUCGUGUGUGUUUUAAUACACAAAUUGAUAACUUUGGACUGAAUACUUGUAAUCUGUAUAUAUUCCUACACCAUUCUAAAAUUGUUUACUUUUUGGUGAAUUGUAGAUUUUCAGCUUUUAAUACAUUUUAUAAGCAGAAAUAUGCUAGAGAUUUGGUAUAGUGCAGACUUGCUCUUCACUUGACCAGUGGUGGAUGGGUAAGGUGGCGUAUGCUAGAGAAAGCUAUAACUUUGACAGCAGUUGGUUUAUUAGCCUACUGGCUUCUGUAGACAAGUUCUCUAGCCAUUUAUACUUCUUUCAGUGAAUUGUUUGAAAUAUAUUGUUUUCACUAUAUCUAAGAGCAGUUCAAAUCCUAGCCAUCAUGUAGUCAGGUAAUGGCCAGAAUUCACACGAUGAACACAGUGAAAUGCUUAACAGUGGGAAGAAGAGCAGUUCUUGCACUACAGGGGUUCCCAUCUCUUUGGAAACAGAAAUGUACAACUGCGCUCUGAGGGACAAUAUUUUUCAGAUGUAAGAAUACUCGCAAGUUGGGGAAGAUUUUAUAGUGUGAACUGUGAAUAGAAUGAGUAGCACAUGUCACAAAGACAAUAUCCACAGUGGCUUCCCAAAGCAUGAAUGCACAGUGACAUACACUUCCUCUGUAGUACAUGCUACAGCAUAGAUAGGGAAUCUGAGGCCCUUCAGCUGUUGAUGGACUUCAGUUCUCAUCAGUCCCAGCUAGCAUGGCAAGUGGUCAAGGAUGAUGGCAGUUGUAGUCUAGCAAUAUAUGGAAGGCCACAAAUUCCCCAACUCAUGCUAGUGUCCAUGGUCUGCCCCCCCCCCAUUUUGGGGGGUACACACUUCUUCCAAUUCAUGCAUUCAUACUUUUACUGAAAGAAUAAUACUUGAAAGAACCACCUCCCUUUGAAUAGUGUUCAUGUCAAUACGAAUAUGAAUUCAUUCCAGUGAUUCAGUUCUGUUCACAGUAGUCAGCCAGUUGUCUUUAUGUGAGGUGUUCCCAAGGUUUGAUGGAAUCCUCUUCUAUAUUCAGUGCACAUAAGAAUAUGAGCACCUUCCAGUGAAUUCUGCAAAACAUCCUCUGCAGAUGUAACUUUAUGGACAUAAGGCUUUACUGGAAAGGCUUCCAUAUAUAACAUGUUUUGACCCUUGGAUGCACAUGAUCAUGCAAUCAGCAAUACAGUCAUUGUCGAGGUUUUGUGGAUGAGAUCAAACUUGUUUACAGUUUCCAUUUCAUGAAAAAGAUAUGUCUUCUGGAACUAAUAUCCCAUUACCAGAGCAAGAAAAAUCUUAUUUAUAUAUGACUUUAAGUUCAUGACACCGUGUUUGUUAUGGUUGUCAGAUCUAUCUUCAUCUUUUUGUAGACAGUUUUACAAGAAUCUGUCCCCUCAUUUGUAGGCAAAGUUAGUUCCUGGCUGUACAUGUCCUGGAUAACAAAUUGGGCCCAGUGAGAAGGCAUGGGUAAUCACCGAAGCGUGCAAGAAAACCUUAGUUUUUGAAGUUAAACCCUCUCCCAGUCUCCUCCCUCCCAGAACAGAGGAAAAAUCUCCACCUGUGCAUGGCCACAUGGAAAGAGCAAUGUCAGCUAAGGGCACAGGUGAAAGACUAAAGGAUACUGAAGGGUCAGAAAAUAAUGACUUUCUCACCUAGCUGAUACCAGAGGUCCGGCUUCUGUUGCCCAUUGUGGAUAUCAAACUCAUGGUGCUCCUAACUCCAAUUAAAUGGAGAGUGCUGCUUGUGGCCAAUUCCAAAGGUGUAGCUGCCCAGAACUGGUUGUGUCUACUUUGUACACACAUGUGCAUGAACACAUCUCUUACAUGUUUGUUCAUAGAAAGUCCUAAUUUGAGGAUUAAGCAAUACUUUCCUUGGGAUGGGAUUUUUAAUGAAGCCAGUUCCAUGCACACAGAACUGCAUUGGUUAUGAAUACCUUGCUGACUUUGGGGGAUUUUAGCAUGACCAAUAAGGAGCCUAUAUGGGUGUGCCUGCUCUAAACACUAUCAGUAAACGUACUUAUUGCUACUGUAAUGUUUAUAAAAGAAUAAAGAUUUAAAGGCAA